AUGGCACUCGAAUCGAUUCUUUCGCUGCCUGCGGCUACGCUCGCAGCGGGCGUGGCCGCCCUGGUGGCCAUGUACUGGCUGGCCUCAUAUGCCUACCUCUAUUGGUUUCAUCCGCUGUCCAAGUACCCGGGGCCGCCGCUCGCAGCGGUCUCAGAGCUGUGGUAUGCGUCAGCCUGGACGGGCGGACUCUGGAACCGCAAGAUCGAGGAGGCGCAUCGCCGGUACGGGGACAUUGUGCGCAUCGCGCCGAACGAGCUCUCGUUUGCGACCGCACAGGCGUUUCGCGAUAUCUACGGGGCGCCGUCCAAGACUCGCAAGCUGUUCCCCAAGUCCGACCGGUUCUAUGACAACGGGCACCCGAACAUCGCCUUCGUGCUGGACCCGGAGGAGCACGCCCGCCAGCACAAGAUCUUCGCGCCCCAGUUCCGCCCCUCGGCUGUGCGCACCCAGGAGCCGAUCGUACACGCGCACGUCGACUUCUGGGUGGCCCAGAUAGCGGCCCGCGGCCGCAGCGGGGCCGUCCCUGUCGAUGUCUCUAAGUGGUUCGAGUGGUUGACGUUUGAUAUCAUCGGAGAACUCACCUUUGGCCAGUCGUUCAAUGCGACCCGCGACAACAAGAGCCAUCCUUGGGUGUCCAUCCUCCUGGACGCGACGUACAGCGGCUCCAUCUUCAACCUGCGCAAGCGGCUGGCCUUUGUCGGCCCGCUGCUGCGCUGGAUGCCGUAUAUCUCCUCGACCGCGCGGGCGGCCGUUGAGUCCGUCUCCCAGCAUGGCGCCAUGACGCUCGCCUUCACGCGCAAGCGCAUUGAAUCAGGGCCUGCACGUAACGAUGUCGACGACUUCCUUGCGCACGCGAUCCGUGCCGGUGGCAUGACCGACACAGAGCUCGCUGACCAGGCGAUGGUCCUGCUCACGGCUGGCGCGGAGACCAGCGCCACGGCAUUGACAGCCACGCUGUGGUACCUCUCGCAGCCGGCGCACGCACACUGUCUCGAGCGGCUCCGCACCGAGGUGCGAGGCGCUUUUGCCAGCCCGGCCGACGUUACCGGUGACGCCACCGCACGGCUUCCCUACCUUAACGCCGUGCUUGAAGAGACAAUGCGGCUGUUCCCUCCGUCGCCCGUGGGCCCGCCCCGUAUCAGCCCGGCCGGCGGCGAGACCGUCGACGGCACCUUCGUCCCAGGCGGAGUGUAUGUCUCAGCCGACGUCUGGACCAUCCACCACGACGCACGCACCGUUGGCGCCCGUCCGGACGCAUUCGAGCCAGAGCGGUGGUGCGACGGCCAGAAGCCAUACACGGUGCCCUUUAGCAUCGGGCCGCGCAUGUGCAUUGGCGUGACUCUGGCGUGGGUCGAGAUGCGCAUUGCAUUGGCCAAGGCAGUGCUCGCGUUUGACUGGGAGUUGGCGGAGGACGCUGUUGGUGGGAGCGGGGACUGGGUAGAGGAGGCUAGGCUCAAGCAGCUGUGGCAGAAACCACCGCUGAUGAUGCGGUUUCGACCGCUGGAGGCGAAGGCAUGA